AUGGAGGAAAGGAAAUUGAUCAGUUUAGUGACUGAUUUGAGCGGUACUGUUCGAGUGAAGAAGAAGAAAGGAUCUUAUUUUCUUCCAAGCCAUCUCUACGCAGUCGGCAACUUUGAUAUUUCAUUACUACCGAUCAAGCUCAACCUGCCUAUGGUAUGCAAACCUCGAGAUUGGACGAGUGCCUGCCGGGGUGAUCAAAAUCCUAGAUACCUGUCCGAUCUAUCAGGGGGUUACUUAAGUGGGCCAACAGGUGGCCUAUAUGAUCGUUACCGCCUCUUAAGUUCAGGUGACAUAAUCAUUUUUAUAUGA